AUGGCGGAAUCUGAGGCUUUGCCUCGCUACAUCUACAAAAUCGUGCCUUCGGCAGCACCGGUCCACGAGCCGCUUCCUGAACGUUUACCUGUUAGCGACCUGGAUCAGGAUUCGUGGUUCAUCCACCUCUCAACGGCAGCUCAAGUGCCCAACACUCUCAAGUUCUUUUUCAAGGAUGAGCCCCUCAUCUACCUGCUGCGUAUAGAUUAUCAAAAUGUCAGCCAGAACGUUCGCUGGGAGUCUCCCGACGGGAAAGUGUGUGGGCCACGACCCGGCGAGGGCUUGUUUCCUCAUCUCUAUAACGAGCUGAAGCUGGGCAAAGAUGAAGUCGAAAGCGUCGUGGUCUGGCAAAAUGAAGAUGGGUGGGACAAGGCUAUCAAUGGGGCUGCACUAUGGCUUCUAUAG